CCCGCCCCACUCGGGGCGACCGUAGCCGCAUCCCUGUUCCUUUGGCGCCAAACCCUUCGGUCCCCGAAGCGCGCGGGAAGCCGGCCUCGGCGUUCCUGUCAGGAAUUGGUUGUUUUUCUGCUGUUGCCCUUCAGUAUGAAGGAGGAUCAAAUGCUGCAAGAGGAAUCAGGAUUCCAAGAUGAAGAGGAAUCUCUGUUCCAAGAUAUUGACCUAUUACAGAAGCAUGGAAUUAACGUGGCUGACAUUAAGAAACUGAAGUCGGUGGGAAUCUGUACUGUGAAAGGGAUACAAAUGACAACAAGAAGAGCCCUAUGCAACAUCAAAGGUCUCUCAGAAGCCAAGGUGGAUAAGAUUAAAGAGGCUGCCAACAAACUUAUUGAACCUGGAUUCCUGACUGCAUUUGAAUACAGUGAAAAGAGGAAGAUGGUUUUUCAUAUCACCACCGGGAGCCAGGAAUUUGAUAAGUUGCUAGGAGGUGGAAUUGAAAGCAUGGCAAUCACAGAAGCUUUUGGAGAAUUUCGUACAGGAAAAACUCAGCUCUCUCAUACCCUCUGUGUAACAGCUCAACUUCCAGGAGCAGGUGGCUACUCAGGAGGAAAAAUUAUCUUCAUUGAUACAGAAAAUACUUUUCGUCCAGAUCGCCUUCGGGACAUCGCUGAUCGUUUCAACGUGGACCAUGAUGCAGUACUGGACAACGUUCUUUAUGCACGUGCAUAUACCAGUGAACAUCAGAUGGAGCUACUUGAUUAUGUAGCAGCGAAGUUCCACGAAGAAGCUGGCAUCUUCAAAUUGCUGAUCAUUGAUUCAAUAAUGGCACUUUUCCGAGUGGAUUUCAGUGGUCGUGGGGAGUUGGCUGAACGACAACAAAAACUGGCCCAGAUGUUGUCAAGACUCCAAAAAAUCUCAGAAGAAUACAAUGUGGCUGUUUUUGUGACCAAUCAGAUGACUGCUGACCCAGGAGCAACUAUGACCUUUCAGGCAGACCCGAAAAAACCCAUUGGGGGGCACAUUCUGGCUCAUGCUUCAACAACAAGAAUAAGCUUGCGAAAGGGAAGAGGAGAACUGAGAAUUGCCAAGAUUUACGACAGCCCCGAGAUGCCUGAAAAUGAAGCCACCUUCGCAAUAACUGCUGGAGGAAUCGGGGAUGCCAAGGAGUAGGUGGUGAACUGAUGCAAAUUGCUUCUCAGUGCUUAUUAGGAGCUGAAGAAAUGGAAGAACAGGCUUGACUUUCAGAUCGUGAAAUAAGAGUUUGGUUUGUUUCAUGUUAUUAAAGGAAAGUUAGCAAAGGCAAGUCAAACCUUACAUUUAGCUGCCCUUUUGGAAGGCUAAAGAGGAAGUAACUAGAAAAUGCACAGUUUGGGACCUGAGAUAUUGCUCAGUGGUGAGAGCACUUCCCUAGGCAUCCUUGGGCUCAGUCGCCAGCAGUGCACUGCAGGGAGAGAGAGAUUAUAAUUUUGCAUUAUAAGGUUGGCAUGAUUUUAUAUUUUAAGUUUUGGGUAGGUUUAUUCAAAAUAUUUUAAAAAUUCAAGUUAAUUCAAUGUAAAAUUUCUGAAUACUAAUUUUAGAAAUGUUUAAAAUGAUGUUUUUUCUGAUUGUUAAAAAUAAAAUCUAGUUUUCAAAAUGUCAUAUGAUGGGCAUAUUUGCAAAUUAAAAUAUUAGCACUUGAAAGGCUGAGGUAGGAGAAUUGCAAAUUCAAGGCCAGCCUGGAUUACAAAGUGAAUUCAAAGGCCAGCCUGAACCACACAGUGAAUCCCUGUCUCACAGAGACAAUCAAUCAAUCAAUAGUAAAUAUUAGUGAUACAAGCGAUGAUAAUCUGUGUAGUCUUCAAAAAGCUUUGAUGUUGUGUUAAUUUAUACAAAAGCACCGUUUGCACAAAAGGUAUUUGAGGCUCGGCUGCUCCCUAGUUGCUCUUGAAUGUUAAGUGCUGAAGAAUAUACAAAGAAAGCCGGUUCCUGCACCACAAAACACACACAUUAGUUAAGAGGAAAGACUAGGAAUAAGAGGUCAGUGAUUAUAUAACGAAUGUUGGCCUCUAAAGAAAAAGCCUGAGAAAGGAGAGCAAUGCAGCGGUGUGAAGCCACAGCAGGGACAAAGGAGCGUGCUGACGGCGACACUGUUGUCCACAGUGGCACAGGCUCUGGGGAAAGCCACCGGUUUCCUUCCCUUCCACUUUUUGUAAAGCACAGAAGCUGCUUCUCUGAAAAAAGCAGAGAUAAAACCUGAGCAGAUUUUCGGUACGCUGCAAAAUCUCAUAAGUGAAUUAUGUUAGUAUGUAAAUAUUAAGGCAUACUUUUGUCCUGGAAAAGGGAAGAUUUUAUUACUUAAUGCACUGUGUAUAUUUUCUGCAGAUUAUAUUCUUGACAUUUUUAAAAAAUCUUCCUAGCCAGGGAGAGACUGCCCCUCCUGGACUUGUCCAUUUUAGGGACAGCUGCAAAGGGCCCACCCAUGCAUGCUUUUCAUGUGCAGACUAAUCCAGUUACAGCCGGACCACGGCCCCUGUGCACCCAGGCACAGGUCCUCCUCCGGCUUUAUCGCCCUGCUGACUGGGGACCCACCUUCUGCCUGGAACUGUCCCAGCGGCCAAGCCUAAACUGAUUACCCCAAGUGUCUUGCCCUGCCUUGUUUCUCCCUCAGAAACUCCACUAAAGGAUGAAGGUCCGAGGGCUCCCCUUAUGCCUGACCACCCUCAUGUUGUCCCAUGUGACCUUCCAGGCACAUGGGGUCCUCUGGUCUAGGAGCUAGACGGGUACUAAAGUUUCCCUCUCUCUAAUCCUGUCCUGUGUUCCCUCCUGCAGCCACACCUGACCAAGCAGCCUGCCAACACAUAACUUGAUACUGCAGUUUUCACACCUCCCGGGAUUAAAAACAGCACCUCCUAGAGAGGAGCUGGUACUGUGUGGCCGGAUGGGACCUGAGGAGGUCCUCCCAGAGGAGACAGGGCCCUUAGCCCGUCCCACCUCUACCAUCCACCCAUGGAGUAGGGCUCACUACUCUCAGCACAUAAAGGCAUUUCAGCAUGCAUCAGUGUGAGGCGUAGGUAGAUUCAUUAAACACAAUCAGAGAGGAAUGCAACCAGAAAGCUGCGGGUGCUGGAGGGCAAGGCAGACCGUGGGCUAGGGCUGGGGUGUUUGCGAGGUCUUGGGGUAGCCUCAGAUGGAUGAUCUAGGGUAUAUGUUCCCCAGUGUCUGUCAGUUUACUUAUUACUGGACUAGGUUAAAACCCAAACUGUUCACAUGUUUGUUUGGUUUUGGUACCAGGGAUUGAACUCACGAUCUCGUGCUUACUAGGCAGGCACUUACACCACUGAGCUAAAUCCCCAGCCUCUUCAGAUGUUUUUGAAGUUUACAGACAAGGUACCCGAUUAACAGUGCUGUUUCCUUGAGGGUGGAAGUGUAUGGACUUUGUGGAUUUAUAGGAUCACAAAAAAAACACAAGCCCAGUUUGUAGACUUAAUGUAUCUUUGACUGGGGUUUAGGCAUGAGGAACCUAGAAGAAAAACAGGCCUAGGGAUGAAAUGACAUUGUAACCUUCAGUAACUUUGUCUUGAAGCUGCAGUUGUCUUAAAAGACCAUUUUAUGUUUUAUUUUACUUUAUUUUUUAGUAUUUUGGUGGUGGUGGUACUGGGGAUUGAAGCCAGAGCUUUCUCAUUAGAUUACAUCCCAAACCCUUUUUUUUUUUAAAUUUUGAGACAGGUUCUCCCUAAAUGGCUAAAUUGCCCAGGAUAGACCCAAACCUGUGAUCCUCCUGCCUCAUCCUGUUACAGGCGUGUACCACCAUGCCCAGUUUAAAAAUAUGAUUUUUCAAUUAUAGUUUCCUUGUCUGGCUUUCUUUCUAUCUUAUCUUUAUUUCUUCUAGCCUACCUCAAUAUCCUAAGCCCUGGAACAGGAUCCGGCGUGACUCGGAGCCCAGAGGCCAUUGUAGAGAAAGAAAGAAAACUCUCGAGAUCUGAAAACCAGAAAGUAUUUCUGAAAUAAACCGACUAUAAGGCAAAUUUACCAAGAGGCAGGCAGCAGGGCUGCAAAGGGGGCUCAACAUGAAGGCCAACAAUUCUGUGGGGCGGGCUGGAAACCUGCCGGCCUGGGCUCUGCUUUGCAGAAUGGCAGCUGUGCAUGCACAUGGCAGUGACAGCUUUGGGAGAAUGCUGUGACGUGCAUGGUUGUCUGGGCCAGCAAGAGCAUCACCCAGUGCCCUGAAGCUUUUCUAGGCCAAGGCUUUGUCACUCAUGGCCAAAGCGUCACCUUGUGUAGAAAGCACCCUGCCCCCUUAUUCCACAGGGCAGGGGGAAGGCUGCAGCCUCAAAACAGAGAGUUUAGCUGGUGUGUCGUGGUGCACACCUAUAGUCCCAGCACUCCAGAGACUGAGGCAGGAGGAUCACAAGUUUGAGGCCAUCCUGAACUGCAUAGUGAGAUCCUGUCAGAGACAGAGAGAAUUUAUUUAAAACUCUCAGUCACAGGCGAAGCCAGGACCUCUAAGGACGUCACUGGAAUAUGUUCUUGCUGCUGUCCCCAUGCUGUGGCCCAGCUGCCACUAACAGCUCGAGGCUGUUCCCACCAAGCCUCAACCCCACCAGGAACAGCAGAGAUCAUGCAUUCUAUAGAAAUAAACAACCACCACCCAAGUGAGAACACACCGAGCUUUUGUUCAGAGCUUGCUACAGCACAGGCGUCUUUUUGGUAGAUGCAGAGCAGACAGGAAUGACAGCUUCACAGCAUGAAAAGGGAAGGUUUCAUGUAUUCUCUCCCCAGAGGCUGCGGACAGAGAGCCCCUGGCAGAGACACGGAAAACAGAUAAAGGAAUAGUCCACUGGCAUGGGGUGGUGAUAAUCGAGAAGACAGAGGAUUGGAUAUUCCAAAGCAAGGCUUAAGACUUGGCACAAGGUAGACUCUGGAGACAGACCAGAAGGCACAGUCACAGGUGACUGGUGAUGCCAUUCCCUAACCUGGGACAGGUCCAACCAUGCCAGGAACAGGAGUGCAGAAGGAGCAAAGAUCAGGGCUUCACCCAGACAAGAGUUAGUGUACGAGCUUGCCAAGGUCACCAUCCAUCAAAUGGAGGGAUAAACAACAUAGAGCUUCGUCUCACCAAAAUCCAAAAUCAAAGUUGAUUCCUUCGGCGGACCGUGAGGCAGAAUCAGCUUUAUGCUGCUCCCUUAGCUUCUUGUGAGCUCCUUGGCUUGCGGAAGAGGCGCCUUGAUCUUUACCUACAUCUCCACGUGGUGUCCUCCCUGUGUGUGCGUCUGUGUCCAAAUGUCCCCUCCUGAUUAGGACAUCAUGAAUGUUCCAUCGGGGCCCACCCUGCCCCAGGAAUAUUAAUGACAUUGGCAAAGACCCAAUUUCUGAGUUUUGGGGAUAUACAAUUAAACCCAAAACAGGAAGAAUAAGUUAUGGUCAAGGAGCAAACACCAGGCGGUACAAGACAUGAACUAACUCAGUACUGCUGGAAUCAGAAGCAGAAGUGAAGACUUAGGGGAAACAGUGCCUUUGUUUAUGUAUUCAUUUAUUUAGAGACAAGGUCUUGCUAUGAGGUCCAGAGUGGCCUUGAACUUACUAUGUAGCUCUGGCUGGCCUCAAACUCGCAGUGAUCCUCCUGCCUCAACUUCCUGAAUGCUGGGAUUGUAGGCAUGUACCACCAUACCUGGCCCUUAGUGCCUUUGUGUAGAAAAUGAGAUUCAAAUAGAUGAUCUCAGGGCUCAGCAGCAUAAGUGCCUGGCAAGCAAUAGGUCAUGAGUUCGAUCCCCGGUAUCCAGGAAAAAAAACAAAAAUAGGUGAUCUCUACUAUUUUCUUUCUAAGGAAUCUUUGAAGGGAACAGAAAAACCCAACUCAGAAUAGUUUAAACAAAACCCCAGUUGGGCACUGUGAUGUAUGUCUGUACUGGCAGCACUCAGGAGGCUAAGGCAGGAGAAUCCCCAUGAGCUGCAGGACAGCCUGCGCUACCUAAUAAGUGAGUUCAAGACCAGUCUGCACACCACAGCAAGAUCCUGUCUCAAAGAAAAGUCCCAUCUCAUAAAAGUUCAGAUGACGACGGUUGGCUUCAUGGUUGGGCCCCUAAUACCCUUCUACUUUCCCAUCCCCAGUGUGCUGGUUUUAGUCUCCAGAAUCUCUCCCGUCAGAAGAUGGCUGCAGCAGUUUCACUUUCACACCCUAAGACACAGCACUGAGAGAAAGACAGUGAGGACUUUCUUUCAGAAAAUGCAGCUGCUUUGGGCCCAUGGGCCGUGGGCUGGCCGUGUAACAUGGUCUCACCAUGCUAUUUGGGGCCAUGGCAGGGAUGGCCGAAAGGAUGGGCCCUCUCUCCACACAGUCCCUCACCAUGCAGUCAUCCAGCCCACAAAGAGUCAUCUCUGUGUGGCAGCUGGAUACCAACAGGGCAAGCACUUAUCAAGCCUCUGCUUGGCUCCCAUGGCCAGAGAGGAAUUAGGCAUAAGCACGGGCCUGGCAAGUGCCAGGUCAUGAGUUUGAUUCCCAGUACCAAAAAAAAAAAAAAAAAAAAAAAAAAAAGAAAGAGAGAAAGAAAGAAAAGAAAAAAUGAUCAGGAACAUGAAACACAAACUCCUGAAAGAUUAAAUAGCAGUGAGAUUUAAAACUUGAGUAGCAUUUUGAAGCUGAUGUAAAUUUGCAGGCAGGUCUAGGGAGAGGGCUGUCACCUGGGCAGGCAGUGGAUUUCUCCCAAAAGGCUCACGGGGCAGGGAAUGUCCCAUGCUCCAGGGGCAGGCUUCCGUGUUAGUCUUCCACCUCCAGCUGAGCUCAGGAGGGCUGCCGAGGAGCAAGUGACUACCAGAAUGCCUAGGACAAUGAAGCAAGGGCCCAAGGUCAGGCAGACCAGAGGUGAAGGGUGACCCAUCGCCUUCGGGGGGGAGCUCAAGCAGAGCUGUGGAGUUGCUUGCACAAAAAGCGGUCUGCUGAGCUGCUUGGCUGCAACCUUGAAUUAAUAAUAGGCUCUGAUGGCCCAUUACAUAUUGGCUGAUGGACUGAUUGACUGUAGAAAUCAGAAUGAAACCCAGAGCUUCAUCCCCAGCCAUUUGUUUAUUUAUCCAUUUAUCUGGACACAGAAUCUCACUAAGUUACUAAGUUGUCCAAAUGGCUUGAAUUUAGGAUCCUUCUGCUUCAGCCUCCCAAGGUGCUGGGAUUAUAAGUGUGCUCAUGUAUGUAUCUUAAAUGUAUGGUGAAAAAUUUAAGAUGAAAAAGAUAUAAAAUAAUGUGAUCAGUGCUUUGUAAAAUAAAACAUUACCAAAUGAAA